GUUGUGGCCUUAUGGGCGGGUCCUGCUCCGUGUAGCGGUUAGCAGGGAGGCUUGCCGACUAGUCCGGGAAGAGAAGCUCAGUGGGUUUCCUUCUUCCUCCAGAGCUGCAGCGCAUAGGUUUUCACUUCAAUCUCUGAUUGACUGUUCAAAGUGCAGAACCCUAUAGAUCCUCACCCAAUCUUCUGAUUGCGCUGCCGAAAGCAUGGAGUCCACUAGGAGGCGGCCUCAGCACAAAGCAAAUGAAGGUGGAGCAACGGAGAGAUCAGCGCAGUGGGGCAGAGCUUGGGAGGUGGACUGGUUUUCCCUGGUCGGGGUCAUCAGCCUGCUUUGCUUUGCUCCCUUCAUCGUCUUUUACUUUGUGAUGGCGUGCGAUCAGUACGACUGCUCCGUCAGCCAGCCUCUCUUAGAGCUUUACCAAGGAAAGGCAACCGUGCUCUCCAUCUGGGCCCGGGCCCCCUCCUUCACGUGGACUGCUGCUAAGAUCUAUGCUGUGUGGGUGAGCUUCCAGGUCUUCCUCUAUGUGUGUGUUCCUGACGUCACCCAUAAGGUGGUUCCAGGCUACGUGGGCGGGGUGCAGGACGGCGCUCGUACCCCUGCUGGUCUCAUUAACAGGUAUGAGAUCAACGGGCUGCAGUGUUGGAUCAUCACCCACGCGCUGUGGUUUGCAAACGCCAACUAUUUCCACUGGUUUACUCCCACCAUCCUCUUUGACCAAUGGAUCCCCCUGAUGUGGUGUGCCAACAUUCUGGGCUACGCCGUAUCCACCUUUGCCUUUCUGAAAGCCUACCUGUUCCCCACCAAUGCUGAAGACUGCAAGUUUACAGGGAACGUCUUCUAUAACUACAUGAUGGGAAUUGAAUUCAACCCACGAAUUGGCAAAUGGUUCGACUUCAAGCUUUUCUUUAAUGGCAGACCCGGCAUCGUUGCCUGGACCCUCAUCAACCUGUCCUACAUGGCCAAGCAGCAGCAGCUGUACGGUCACAUCACCAACUCCAUGGUUCUGGUCAACGUGCUGCAGGGUAUUUAUGUGUUGGAUUUCUUCUGGAAUGAGGCCUGGUACCUGAAGACCAUUGAUAUCUGCCAUGACCACUUUGGCUGGUAUCUGGGCUGGGGGGACUGUGUGUGGCUGCCCUACCUCUACACCCUGCAGGGCCUGUACCUGGUGUACCAUCCCAUCCAGCUCUCAGACGCUCAUGCCUUUGCCAUCCUGCUGUUCGGCCUCAUUGGUUACUACAUAUUCCGCUCCACCAACCAUCAGAAGGAUCUGUUCCGCCGUACAGAGGGGUCCUGCUCCAUCUGGGGCCGCAAGCCCACCUACAUUGAGUGCUCCUAUGUGUCCGCUGACGGCCGCAACCACCGCAGUAAGCUCCUGACCUCGGGUUUCUGGGGAGUGGCGCGCCACUUCAACUACACCGGCGACCUGAUGGGCUCCUUGGCCUACUGCGCCGCCUGUGGUUUCACCCACAUUCUUCCAUAUUUCUACAUUGUCUACAUGACCAUCCUGCUGGUCCACCGCUGCGUGCGUGACGAACAUCGCUGCAGCAGCAAGUACGGCAAAGACUGGAAACGUUACACCGACUCUGUGCCUUACCGGCUGAUUCCUGGACUCUUUUAAUGAAAUGGAGAGGAGGAAUGGGAAAAGAACAGGACAUGAAGAUGAAAUGAUAGAUAAGCUUGGCUCCUCCCUCUCACCGCCAGACUCUCAACUUUUAUAAGUUUCUAUUGUUUCUACUUCUGUGCAAAGAAAGGUUGUUUCUCAGAAAUGCAGUUGGGCAGUUUUCUGUUUCUGUGAAGCUGGAGCGUCGUACUGAUCUACCAUCAGACAGACCGACAGCAUUAGAUCUCUGACUGUCCUCUGUCUCCCAGAAACAGAGUUUUAAGCUGAUAAACAUGAAAUGUAUGGACUUGUUUCUCAUUAACUGCCUAUCAGGUUCAAACUCCUCUGAUAACAAAACUGUUUUUUCAUAUCCUGCUUUAAAGUUUUACUUCAGUUUUAAAGAACGUGUUCAGAUGCAGGUUUAGAAGAACAUUGAACUCUUGCUUUCUUGCUGUUUUUUGGACCAAAUAGAUGAAAAUUAAGUGACCUCCAAACUUUGACUGAGAUCGCAUCAGUUCAUACAGACCAUUUGGUGUGAAUCUAAGGAAAGAGAUUGAUGUAUUAUAUAUCAACAUUAUAACUCAUUCAAUAAACUAAAAAAAUAUUUCUUUGUUUACAAAACA